GAUUCUUUUUCUUCCCUUUCCUCACAUGUCUGUUUCGUUUGAUCAAUGGGUUGUUAGGGAUUCUUCCGUGUGCUUUUAUUGAGCAGCCUAUUUUUCUUUUGGUUCUAGUUCAGUUAUCUCAGUUAAAGUAGGAGAAUGUUUUUCUUUUUUUUUUUUUUUUUUAAAUAAUAAAUUUCCAGCCCUUAAUAGUAGCAAAUGCUUUCUUAAAGUCAUAAUGUUACGAGACCCUUGUAGGUGUAUACUCGUAACCAGCAGAAGCAUCAGCCACGUGUAAUGCUUAUGGAAGUUGAGGAUUGAAGCAGUUAGUCAUGUUCAGUUUCUAGUUUAUUUGUUGAAUAUUUCUUUAUGCAUUAUGUUAGUGUUUCCAUUAUCUUAGGAGGUAGUUAUUACCAUUAUCUUAGGAGGUAGUUAUUUCCAUUAUCUUAGGAGAUAGUUAUUACCAUUAUCUUAGGAGGUAGUUACUCCCAUUAUCUUAGGAGGUUGUGACUCCAUGAUCAAGUCAUGAUUCCAUUGAUGUAGCAAAGGGUGGUUUACAUCCUGUAUAAAUAUUCAAUAAUUAUCAAUGAAGAGAUCAACUUGGAAUUUCAUUCAGUCUUUGAGUACUUUACACUCAAGAGGUUUAAGGCUCCCUCUUUGAGCCGAAUCGUUAAUGACCCGAGCAAACAAAAAGAAAUCUAACCCAAACACCCAAACACCUACCCAACCAUCUACACUUAGACCCCAAACAAGAUCCUUGGCCCGGGACCCUAACAUUUCAAGACCAGCUUACUAAACUUCUCAAUAUCGUCCUUUCUGAGCAGCAGGCUAAUCAACUUCGCCAUGAUAAAGUUGAGCAGCUCCAUGCUAAGAUGGAUGCCAUGUCCCUUGAUUUAAACUCAGUUAAACAGGCUCGUUCUACUUCUCCCGAAGCAGAAAGCCAAGCUCGACCAAGGCAUGACAAGGGAACAGUUGGAACCUCCAGUUCUGUGACUACUCGCGAUUGCUCCUUUGUGCCCAAAUACACCAAACUGGACUUCCCUCGCUAUAACGGCACGGAAGAUCCUCUUGGGUGGAUUAGCAGGUGUCAACACUUCUUCAAGCAUCAGUCCACUCCUGAUGAUGAACAAGUGGGACUGGCUUCUUACCACCUUGAAGGAAUUGUCCAAUUGUGGUACUUACAGUUAAUCCAGGAUGUCCCAAAUCCUACUUGGGUUGAGUUUGUUGACCAAUGUAAUCUUCGUUUUGGACCCCCUAUUCGCAGCAACAAGUUAGGGGAGCUUGCCAAAUUGAAGCAGACAGGAACGGUGGAGGAUUAUCAAACUAAAUUUGAGAUUUUGGUUUCAAGGGCUGGUACCUUAGGUUCCAAUCAGAAAGUUCAGCUGUAUAUUAGUGGAUUACAGGAAUACAUAGCAGUGGAAGUCGAGCUACACCAGCCAAAAGACUUAGCCACAGCCAUGAGUAUGUCACGCCUGUAUGAACGCAAGCUCUACUCCAAGAGUGUUGCCCAACGCGAGGUCAGACGUCCUGCUCCCCUUUCGGAACACUGCCCUGGCCGUACCAUCAAACGACUCACCCCAGACGAAAUGGAUGAGAGACGGAAGAAAGGACUGUGCUUUAACUGUGAUGAGCCGUUUGUACGCGGACAUCAAUGCAAACGCCUAUUUUUGAUUGAUCUGGAUGACGGCAGUAAGUCUGAUGCGAAGUCUGAUUCCGAUUCUCCACCAGAAAUCUCUCUCCAUGCCAUCACUGGAACUCGCAAUUCCCAGUCUAUGCGACUUCUAGGUUGUUGGCACGGUAGGCAAGUACUGAUCUUGGUUGAUUCGGGAAGCACCCAUAGUUUUGUCUCGGAUUCGGUGGUGGCCGAUUUGCAGGUUACAGUGGAUGCGAAGGAUGGGUUACGGGUGAAAGUUGCGAACGGUGAACAACUUCACAGUCCUGGUCUUUGCAAAGGCGCACCGAUUGAAUUGGGAAACUCUGUUUUCAUAGUGGAUUUAUUUGUGUUACAGCUCACUGGUUUUGAUUUGGUCUUCGGUGUUAAUUGGCUAGCUACUCUGGGCCCCAUCUUAUGGGAUUUUAACUCCAUGUGGAUGUCUUUCUUUGUUAAUGGGAAACAGGUGGCUCUUACGGGUAUAGACAGCAAAUCGGAAACAAAUUCAUCCCUCAAUUCCCUUUCACCAUCUGCUGCUCGCGAUCAUCAUCUGCGCCAAUUAUUAGCUGAUUUUGCUGCAAUCCUUGAAGCUCCCACAGGUCUCCCACCUGCUCGCCACUGUGACCACAGGAUUCCUCUAGCUCCAAAUACCAAACCCGUAGUGGUUCAUCCUUACCGAUACCCACACAACCAAAAAGAUGAGAUCGAGCGACAGUGUACUGCUAUGCUGGAUCAAGGGAUUAUUCGUCCCAGCCGAUCACCUUUUUCUUCUCCGGUACUUCUGGUUCCUAAAGCUGACAAAACUUGGCACCUAUGCGUGGAUUACAGGGAACUUAACGCAAGAACUAUCAAAGACAAAUUUCCAAUUCCUGUGAUUGAAGAGCUUCUGGACGAAUUGGGAGGGACAAAGUAUUUCACCAAAUUGGAUUUGGUUUCUGGGUACUUCCAAGUUGGCAUGCAUCCACCAGACAUUGAGAAGACCGCAUUCAGAACUCACCAUGGCCAUUUUGAAUUUUUGGUCAUGCCAUUCGGGCUGUCAAAUGCUCCUUCCACAUUCCAGGCUUUAAUGAAUGAGCCUCUUGGCAGAAAACAAAUUGUUCUUGAAACGGUCCAAGUGUACCUUUGCCCAAACGGAAGUUUCUUAUUUGGGUCAUGUCAUUUCACAUGAAGGCGUUCAGGUUGACAAAUCCAAAAUUUCGGCUAUUACUGAUUGGCCGCGACCAGUUUCUAUUCGAGGCUUGCGGGGUUUUUCCUCUAGUUCUCAUCCCCACAAAUGGUGUGAUUGGCUUUCUUGGGCUGAAUUUUGCUACAACACCAGCUACCAUUCAGUUCUUAAAUCCACUCUAUUUGAGACUGUCUAUGGGCGUGCUCCACCUAGACUCCUUUCUUACU